AUGAGUGGUUCCGUUCGCAAGAGCAAGUCGCCGUCCCCGGAUCGCGCCAAAAUUAAGAAAUCGCCAAAGGUCUCGCGGCACAAAAGCCGACACAGCGUGCCGACCACCCCGAAAGCCCUGGCCAGCGCCGGCAACUUUUACCAAAGCUCCAAGGAGACGCUGGGCAAACUUUUUCAUGUCGACGGAGAGCGCAAAACGUCGAAGGAGCGCAAAACCAAGGCUCCUGCCCGUCGCCCCUCGAGGGAGAAUGAAGCCGCCAGUACCUCCCGGGAGCCUGUCACCAGCCGGGAGCAGACGGUAUCGCUGAGCGGCAGGGUCCUCAGGAUCAUGGGCAAGAGUGCAAAAAGUGGAGGCAGUGGCAAGACGCAGCGCAAACGCUCGGCCGUUGAGAAGGACCGCGAGCCGUCGGGGCGUGAACAGCGCAAAAAGAUGCCGAAGCUGGAUCUGCUGCUGAUGGGACCGACUAUGCAUGCUGCCCGGGAGACUGAGCCCGAUCACCCAAAUGCCUGCACACAGCCGUCGGCCGAAAUGGCGACUGGGAAAGAGUCUCGAGCUGAGCCGGCCGUCGUCGAGUGCUCGGGGGUGAGGCAGGUGGAGAGUAAGGAGAAGGAGAGGGAAAAGGAGAAGAAGCCUGUCGACGAGAAAGAGAAAAGCGGACGUUCCGGCAAGAAGAAAAAGACGGCCGAGAAGAACCUCGACAACACCCAGGGCUCGGAUGACGAUGACGACUGGAAUAUGCGGACGAGCAUCCCGGAAGUGAUGGUGGAAGACCCAACCCGGUUCGAGGUGGUCGCCGUCAGCAUGCAUCCUGCCAUCGAGAAGGGCCACCAUCACGAAUUUGUGCUUCCCGAGGAGGGCGGCAAGGAGAAGUCGAAAGAUGGCGACCACCCGGCGAAGCCGCAGCCUGCC